AUGGUCGGAGUUGGUCCCAAACGCCGUCCCUCCCGCAGGGGGUCCAUGACCGACGUGCCCCAGAAUGUCCUUGAACAGAUCAAGCUUUUUGAAGAAAUCUUCACCGUCGACACUGCGGCACUGAAGAAGGUUGUCGACCACUUCAUCAAGGAGCUGACAAAGGGUCUUACUGUCGAAGGCGGGAACAUCCCCAUGAACGUCACCUGGGUCCUAGGAUUUCCCGAUGGCGACGAGAAGGGCACAUUCCUGGCCCUCGACAUGGGCGGUACCAACCUGCGUGUUUGUGAGAUUACCCUCACCCACGAGAAAGGCGGAUUCGACAUCAUCCAGUCUAAGUACCGAAUGCCCGAGGAGCUGAAGACCGGCGAGGCGGAGGAGUUGUGGGAAUACAUCGUCGACUGCGUGGAGCAGUUCAUAAAGUCGCACCACGAGGGCCAGAACCUGUCCAAGCUGCCCCUGGGUUUCACCUUCUCCUAUCCGGCCACACAGGACUACAUCGACCACGGAGUUCUCCAGCGCUGGACCAAGGGUUUCGACAUUGAUGGAGUCGAGGGCAAAGAUGUGGUCCCUCCCCUCGAGAAGGUCUUCAAAGAAAGGGGCCUUCCCAUCAAGGUCGCUGCCUUGAUUAACGACACAACCGGAACUCUCAUCGCCUCUUCUUACACAGACUCCGAGAUGAAGAUUGGCUGCAUUUUCGGCACCGGUGUCAACGCCGCAUACAUGGAGGACGCCGGUUCUAUACCGAAGUUGGCCCAUAUGAAUUUGCCCCCGGACAUGCCCGUUGCGAUCAACUGCGAGUACGGUGCGUUUGACAAUGAGCAUAUUGUCCUACCGCUCACCAAGUACGACCACAUUAUCGACCGCGAUUCACCUCGCCCCGGCCAGCAGGCUUUCGAGAAGAUGACUGCUGGUCUGUACCUUGGCGAAAUCUUCCGCCUGGCCUUGGUAGAUAUUUUGGACAACCAGCCCGGUCUAAUCUUCAAGGACCAGGAUACCUCGCAGUUGCGGAUCCCAUACUUGCUUGAUUCCUCCUUCCCUGCCGCAAUUGAAGAAGACCCCUACGAGAACCUGCUUGAAACAGCAGACCUUGUUCAAAGCAAGCUCAAGAUUACAGCGACGCGCUCAGAGCUCGAAUUGAUGCGCCGUCUUGCCGAGUUAAUCGGUACCCGGGCUGCUCGCCUAUCCGCCUGUGGUGUUGCCGCCAUCUGCAAGAAGAAGAACAUUGAGUCCUGCCACGUCGGAGCCGAUGGCUCGGUCUUCACAAAAUACCCGCACUUCAAGGCCCGCGGUGCCCAGGCCCUGCGCGAAAUCCUGGACUGGGCCCCUAACGAGAAGGACAAGGUGACAAUCCAUGCUGCCGAGGAUGGAUCUGGUGUCGGCGCAGCACUUAUCGCCGCCUUAACCCUGAAGCGUGUUGCCGCCGGCAACACAGCUGGUAUCCGUAACGCGCAGGACAUGUUGGCUCUGUGUUGA